AUGCCGUGUCAGAAAUUGAACCAGAGCCUCGAGGAGCGCGGGAAGCGUGCUGUUCGUAUUGCGAAUUGUUCUGGAGCAGCAGGUGAUCCGGGUUAUCAGAUGCUGAGACAGGCAAGCGAUGGCGAAGUGGAUUUUAUCACGGGAGACUAUCUUGCUGAGGUCAAUUUAGCUGAGAACGCGCAGGCAAUGGCCGCCGGGAAGCAUGAAGGCUUCGCUGCAACUGCUUGGGAUGGAAUCAGUCAAAGCGUGCAAGUGGUGGCCGAAAAGGGAAUCAAAAUCGUCAUCAACGGCGGCGCUCUCAACCCGGAAGGCCUAGCCAGGAAGUGCCAGAAGUUGGUUGAGGAGAGAAACCUCCACCUCCAGAUCGCGUGGGUAUCGGGGGAUAAUGUCCUUGCCGACGUCCAGAGGCAAUUGGAGGGCUCAGGACAACUCCCUGAGCAUCUUGAUGCCGAAAACGAGGAUGUGAUCUUGGCCAGGAAUGUCACCGACCUGUUGAAGCCGGGCAAAGCCCUGGUCUCUGCCAAUGCCUACCUGGGCGCCCGCGGGAUUGUCAAGGCACUCGAAGCAGGAGGCGAUAUUAUUAUCUGUGGACGGGUUGCUGACGCCAGUCCUGUUAUCGGGGCCGCAUGGUGGUGGCAUGGAUGGGCAGACAAUGAUUGGGAUGCGUUGGCCGGCUCCCUGGUGGCCGGACAUCUGAUUGAGUGCUCCGCAUAUGUGACCGGAGCCAACUUUGCAGGAUUCGACGAGGUCCCUCUUGACAAGCUGAUCGACUUGCCCUUUGGUAUCGCGGAAGUCGAAGCCGACGGUUCAGUGGUGGUGACGAAACACGAAAGAUCCAACGGACUCGUGACGGCCGACACAGUCAAAUGCCAAUUUCUGUACGAACUUCAGGGCGAGGUCUAUCUCAACAGCGACGUCACCGCGCAUAUGCAUGAUGUCCAAGUGGAAGAGGUCGGGCUGAACAGGGUUCGUCUAUGGGGCAUCAAGGGCGGCCCACCACCGCCCACAACCAAGUUAGCCAUCUUUUACCAGGGCGGAUUUGAAUCCCAGUUGCUGUUUAACGCUGCAGGAUACGCUACGGGACAUAAGUUCCAGCUCUGGAAGAAGCAGAUGUUGCAUGCCCUCGAAAAAAACAAGGUACGAGACCAGUUUGACGCGCUCGAGUUCCAACACAUCGGCGUGCCAGAGAGCGAUCCGCGAAGUCAGUUGAGCAGUACCACGUACUUUCGACUCCUCGCGCAAGCGUCGGAACCAUCCACCCUUCAACAGUUAUUGACAUCUUUUAUGGAAUUUGGCAUGCAGCAUUAUUCUGGAAUGCAUUGCUCGCUGGACUUCAGGACAGCAUUUCCGCGGCCCUUCCUUGCUUACUAUCCUGCUGUCAUGCGGCAGGACCAAUUGCAGGAAAAAGCACAUCUUUUGGGUGAAUAUGGCUCACAGGCCUCGAUCGUCGAUGCUGGCCACCCUCCCACGUAUAAGAAACCCGGGAAACGAGCAAAUUACGACACUGCGUACCCAGUAUCUGUUGCAUCGAUGGGCGAGACACAGUCGGAACUAUUGCUGGGCGACAUUGCUCUUGCCCGGUCCGGUGAUAAGGGGGCCAAUAUCAACGCCGGAUUUUUCGUCCGCGACCCUCAGCUCUGGGACUGGUUCCGAAGUUACAUGAGUCGAAGCAGACUCAAAACCCUGAUCGGAGACGACUGGAAAGAAGGCUCCUACUUCAUCGAGAGAGUUGAAUUCCCUAAUAUUUACGCCGUGCACUUUGUCGUGUAUGGGAUUCUCGGCAGAGGGGUUAGCUCGGCCACCAAUCUCGAUAUCUUGGGCAAAGGUUUCGCCGACUAUAUCCGGGCGAAGAAGAUCAGUAUCCCUAAGUCAUUGGCAGCAAAGAUAGACCCAAGACCAAUCCUUUCGUGGGAUGAGCCAUGA